UUGGCGGUAGCGAGUAUACGACGACGACUGCGAGACAACGUAUCGACGACGAGCGACGACCUGUGAAUGUUUAUUGAAUAUUGUCUGCCGUCGUGGUUUCAACGUUUUUCAGUUGAUAACAGUAACGCAAAUGCCGUUGUAAAUGGUAAAAUUAACGUGGCGUUAAUGUUUUUCGGAUUCAAAAAAAAAAAAAUACCUUACCGCUUUUUGAAAAGAAUAAAAUAAUAAACAAAAGUGAUUUUGAGAAAGAAGUAUUGAAAAAAUAAUUUUUUGUGAAAAAGUGAGAGCAAAAAUCUACGUAUAAAAUUUGGAUACAAAUUGUUUAGUGAUUAAGAAAUUUUUUUAUCAGCAAUUUCGCGAGCUGAUAAAAAGUUCGUGGUAGUGUUUUAAAACGGAUUCAAAAAACCAAAAUACACACAGAGUGGAUAAUUUCGUCAAAAUUGUGGAAGCAAUUAAAAUGAAGACUGAGCUGCGGUCGUGCGCAGCGUGUGGAGAGCCAAUCUCGGAUAGAUACUUUCUUGAGGUUGGCGGAUGCUCCUGGCAUGGGUCCUGUUUACGAUGUUGUGUGUGCCUAUCGCCUCUGGAUCGACAGCAAUCUUGUUUCAUCCGCGAACGACAAGUGUAUUGCAAAACAGACUAUGGAAAAAAUUUUGGAGCAAAAUGUUCAAAAUGUUGUCGAGGAAUUUCAGCAUCAGACUGGGUGCGUCGUGCAAGGGAUUUGGUAUUUCAUUUGGCAUGUUUCGCGUGUGAUUCAUGCGGGCGACAGCUUUCGACUGGGGAGCAGUUUGCCUUGAUGGAAGAUCGAGUGUUAUGCAAAGCUCAUUACCUCGAAACAGUGGAGGGUGGAACAACGUCUAGUGAUGAUGGCUGCGAUGGUGAUGGUUAUCAUAAAAGUAAAACGAAACGAGUUCGAACAACAUUUACCGAAGAACAAUUACAAGUUCUACAAGCUAAUUUUCAAAUUGACAGCAAUCCCGAUGGUCAAGACCUAGAACGGAUAGCUUCAGUGACGGGCCUAAGUAAACGGGUAACACAAGUUUGGUUUCAAAAUUCCAGAGCAAGGCAGAAAAAACAUAUUCAUGCUGGUAAGAAUAAAAUGCGUGAGCCUGAGGGAAAUUCAUUUGCUCGACAUAUCAAUCUACAGCUUACGUAUUCGUUUCAGAACAAUGGUCAGAAUCCGAUGCAGUUAAAUGCGAACAAGUCUUCGCUCUACCCCGCCCACGAAUCCUCUAUGGAUGAGAUGUCACAAGAUUCCUCAAUGCAUUGUAUGCAAAGUGAAGUGUAAGACGUCCAAAAACCUAUCUAUUUAUUUAACUUCAAAAUUCGUGUCGUAUCCUAGUCAAAAUUUAUGGACCUUUAUAUUGUAUAGAUCUUUGCAUUUUGAAGCAUAAACUAUAAUAAACCUGGUGAGCAUAUAGCGUCUCAAAGAUGAUCUCACAGCCAGAACACACAAAAAAACACACAACAAACAUACAUUCCAUUCAAGUACUUUUUAUUCGCAGCAGAAAAGAACAAUUGAUGCUCUUUAAGUUAAAAAUAUAAUUAAUUAAACUUAUCGUUAAGAACUGGUCCAGUAUUAGUAACUAAACAUACAUUUUAGACAUUAAACUUUUUCUUUAACUUUUGAAAAUAUCUUCGCACAGAAAAAAAUCAAAUCAAAACAAAACAAACAAUCUGUAAGAUAUUUAUUCUUGUACAAAGCACCUUUAUAAAAAUGUAUAAAUAUCUUGUUUUAUUAAGCUCUUUA